AUGAGCCUGGAUCGCGGCGAUCGUGUCAUUGUGAUGAUGUUGCGCUCAUUGUGUGGCUGCUCGAAUCGCUCAAAAGUCGGCGACGGCGUCGAGCAAAUCUCGGCGAACGCCGAAAAAUCGGCGAAUGUUUUUCUCGUUUGCACUCAAAGCAUGCUGCAGCGCUCGUUGAUCGGCAAACUCACGUCGACGAUGGAGCAACGCUGUGUGAUGCCCGUCAAAAUGCAGCUAAUCAAACCAACGGCCGACAAAAUUCAGAACUCCCAUUUGCUGAAAAUUGAGAAGAAACACGAAAUCGCCGAAGAAGCUUGGAUGGUUUUCGUGUUCAGCGGCAAAGAUUGCCAAAAAAGGGUGUCGGAGGGCGUUAAAGAGCUCCGAGCGCUCUACUCAUUGGAAAAACGCGAUAUUUAUUUCACCGAUAGUGCGACAACGUGUGCUCACGAGGAGCACAUUUGGUUCUCGCCCGACGAAGUUGCCGUAAACGGCGAAGUUGCUCCAGCUCCCGAUGAGCCGAAACCAACAACCAGCGAGCCGGAGCCCGUCGAAGCGCCAAUAGCAGCGGAUAACGACGAAAAAGUGGGAAACGGCGAAGAAAUCAUCGAAAAACCAUCGGAAAAUGUCGAAACAAAUGAAGUUCCCCUCGAGAUUGCCGAGAAUCCCGAAAAUCCCGGAGAUGGCGCAACGACCGAAGUGAUCAGCAACACCGCCGAAAUUCUCGACGAACACCGCCAAUCGCCAAAACCAAUUGAGGCGUGA